UGUUCCCGGCUUCGUCUUGUGUCGUCAUUGUACUCAGUUGGCCAUCUGUUUUGCCUGACAUGGAAGAGAUCCGAAAUUGGUGGGAGGUACCAUCGAUAGCACAUUUCUGUUCGUUGUUCCGCGCCGCAUUCGGAUUGACUGACUUCGAAAUCGAGGAUUUAGAAGAUGCACUUGUCAUUGAUGGCUCUAAUGAAGAGGGAAACAACCGUUUUUUGGCCGAUCUUCAUGCCCGAUUGUUAAGGGGAUUGUAUGGAAUAAAGGAUAUAACCGCCGAGAAUUUCGAGCCAUAUCUGUCACAAGUAUUGAAAAUACGUUGGGAAGAUGAAUUAGGAAAGAAGAACCCUCUGGCGGAUAGAGAAUACAGCAAACUCUCAACGAGGGAAAAAGUCGAGAUUCUACACAACCUUUGUGACUUCAGACUGGAUGUUGAAGAUGUUCCUGAGUUACUGAAGGGCUUAGAUGCAGACAGCUUGCGAGUUGAACCACUGGGGUUUGAUGCUGAGGCCAGAACAUACUGGUACUUUUACGGCACUAGAUUAUAUCGUGAACAAAAGUCUGAACAGUCUGAUAACAAAGUAAACAAGAAGUCCAAGAAAAAGAAAAAGAUGGAGGGGAAAAACAGGAAGAAGAAGGGAAAAGUGAAGAAGAAGAAGAAAGUGAAAGGAUCAUCAUCUGACUCAGAGGCAGAAUCUGAAUCAAGUCCAAGCAGUGAUAUGCCCAGUAGUGAUUACGCUGAUGAUGACGAUGAUGAUGAAGAGCAGGAGGUAGAUUCAGAGGGGAAGGAAGACAAUGAAAAGAAGCCUCAACCUUCAUGGACUGUUGUGUGUUCCACAGAGGAUGAAUGGCAGCAGCUGGCCGAGUCAUUUAAGAAAAGCAAAAACAAAGACGAGAAGAUGCUUUAUGAGACACUUAGUGUGGACUUUGUUCCUGAAAUAGGCAAAAUGAUAGAAGCAAAGGAUAAAGCUAUGAGGAAAAAGCUGCUAAUGGAAAUGGCACCUCGACGGGCAUCUGACCGAAUAGCUUCUAAAGCACAUUUCAGAGAGGAGGAGGAAAUACAGGAAGAAAAUGAAAGACAACGAGAAAGGGAAAGAGCAGCUGAAGAGAGGAAAAAGGAGGAAGAGGAAAGGCAACGUGAAAAGCAACAGCAAGCAGAGAAAAGACAGCAAGAGAGAGCUAGAAGAGCGCGAAUGCGAGAGGAACGGCAGUGGUUGAUGGCUAAUGGAGAAUUUGUUCCAGAAGAACUGAAAUCAAGCUUGGCUAAUGUAGAAGAGAGCAAAGACAGUGAAGAAGGAACUAGUACUCGAACCAGUACACGAUCGAAACAAUCAGGAGAGGAUAUUGGUCUUGAGGACAGAGAUGAAGACUUGUACACUGGAAUGUACAAAGUUUUGGAUGCUCUGAAAAAACACAAUAAUGCAUGGCCUUUCCUGGAGCCUGUGGAGGAAUCUUAUGCCCCUCAAUACUAUGAGAUCAUCGAGGAACCAAUGGAUCUGUCAACCAUUGAACAAAAGCUUGAUGACAGUAAAUACACCACUUUGAAUGAUUUCAAUGCAGACAUGAAGUUGAUGUUUGAAAACUGUUUGGACUACAAUGGCCCUGAUAGUAUGUAUACCAAGAUGGCAAACAGCCUUGAGGCAGCUUUCAAUCGUCAAAUAAAGAAACAUUUUCCCGAAGAUGAUGAUAACAGUGACGAAGACUUUGAAGAAGAGCUCGCACGCAAAAGCAAAAAAGAUAAGAGAAAGAAGGGAGAGUCGAGUUCAGGAUCUGAGAUGUUUGGCAGUUCUCAUUCUGGAGAGGACCGCCCUUUCCCCCCACAGAUGGCUUCAUCUGGAAUGCAGUCAAUGUUUCAAAACCAUAUGUUGCCUAACAGCAUGUCAAAUGGAGGCAUGAUGCCAUCACAUCACCCUUCCAGAAUGCCCUUUCCUGGUCCCCCGCACUUUUCCCCCGAUGGAAGACCCCUAUACCCCCCGCAGUUCUAUCAGAAUGCUUUUAACCCAGCAGCUUUUGCCAGAUUUGGCAUGUCACAACCAGGUCCUCAGUACAACAGGUUUAGAUUUCCCCCAGGAAAUCCCAUGGGGCAGAUGGGGCAGCCACAGCCACAGUCAUCACAUUUUCCACGCCAGCGCAUGCCUGGCAGGAUGCCAUUUCAAUAUGGAAUGGGUGCUGUAGGUGGAAGUAUGGAGCUGUCUCGUAGGGAGAACGACAUUAAUAGACCUAGUCAGACUGAACAGGUCAAGCAGCUGUCCCCGCAGCAGACGGUCCCUGUCUCAACUUCAGGUGAGCCCACUCCUCCUUCAAUAACGGGGGGCACAGAGAGAGGCCGUCAAUCUCAACAACAGCCGCAUGGAGGGCCACCUUACUACAGACCACAGUCCUUUAACCAAGCUUACCUCGGCUAUCCUCGAAAUGGUGCUAUGCCGUAUAGAGCUCCAGGUGCUGGACCAUACAAUCAACCCAUGGUACCGGGAAGGGAGCCUUGGCGCCUAGAGAGACGCACUCCAGAGGCUCCCCCACAGAGGGUACCAUCAAGAGAGGGUUCCUUUAGAGAAGAAGCCAUACCAAACAAGCCUCCUGAACUGACUAAGGCACAAGCGCCCAAUUUUACAGGUAACAACAAACAGAGCGAAAACGAAACCGAUAGUGAGGAAGCAUAUAGUGAACAGGAAGAACGGAAGGAUCUUCAAGCCAAUGGUAGGGAAGAGCCAAACGUUGAUGGAAUGCAGCAGACAAGAAGUCGAGUGCCUGCUACUCUCUCCAUCAGUCAUAUCUUAAGUGGGGCCUCACGAGAGGACCAGCAGCCAACAGAAGGGGCCAAAAUGCGAGAGGGGCCCGCUCAGGGUACACCAAAGGGUGCCCCGACCAUGCACCCCAGUUCUUCCCGCCAAGUCAUCCAGUCACCAGAGAAAAGGGACCGUGUCCUGUCAUCUAACGAGUAUUUGAAUAGGGUGCCCGGAAAAGGGCCCUAUGAUGGAAUGGGAGGACGGCCAACUUUCGAUACUACCUCUGGGCGAGGGUCUUUUGGUGUUUCUCCAAAUGAAGGGUUGGAUAGGCUAGGAGCACAGGGAGAUCCUCUUCGUUUAGAAACACACGAGCGUGCAUUUGGAAUGAAUUUUAACGAUAAAAAAGUUGUAGGUAAUGUUGCGGAGAGUGUUAUAAAGAAAGUUCCUCAGAACAGCGCCCUUGAAGCAGAUGUGUACAAGAAAAUGCCAGUGCUUACCCCGAUAAAAGAACCGCCUGGAAAUGAUGUAAAGGACAAACGUUCCCGAGAGAAAACAUUGGAAAGUGUAUCUGAAAAUGGACAUUUAGAACACGGUAAAACAGAGACGGUUCCUCAGCGGAUGCCCCCUGCAGAUAUUAACAAAGAUCUUAAAGGGGCAGAGACCGCGGCGCCUUUCAAGAGCUGGCCUGAUUUUCAACCGGGUAGUUUUCUUCAAGAACUAAACGAUGUCGGCCCGCCAUCUUCAGGGGGCGUAGAUGACAAACCUGCCCUCGAAAGAAAUCAUCGGCUCCCUUUUACUUCGAUGCUGAGGGGAAUGAACCCCUCACAAGGAAGUCCGGAGAAUCGUGGUCAGUACUUAGCCUUGGAGGCAGCAAAGCGGGAAAGAAUGCGAGAAAAUAUGAUGGCCGGUAAUUUUCUGCACAGCCCAGAGGAGAAACACGAAAGAUUUAACCCUACGCGUGUUGCGGACAUGGGCUCGUAUGCAGCCAUGUACGGAAACAAGCGCCCGUCAGACGUUUUGCCUCCUUUGCAGUACAGACCUAACUUAUCUGCUAUGGCGCAUCAACGAAACAUUGAAUCUGCGCAAAUGCAACAGGGAGGAAAUUCUCAAUUUGUGGACCUGAAUUCCAUGCAAUAUCGUUACCCCUCUGGACUACCCUCCAGGGAGUCUCUUACGAGAGAACAGAUGUACUUCUUAGAGCAGCAGCAACGAAGGCAACAUAUGGCAUCUUCUAUGGAUGCCAUGAUGGCUGGAGGUCAGCCUGAACGUAUGAUUGGUUUCGGUGGUAUGUUACGUCAACAACAACUGUUUAAUGCCGCGUACGCAAGUCACAUGAGGAAUGGCGAGUUUCCGGGAUAUCCGAAUGAAGAAAUCCCAUCCAAGAUGGCAAGAUUCAGCUGACAGGAUAAUCAUCGCUCGACUCCCAACAAGAAAUAUUUUUUCUCGUGAUAUUCACCCAAUCGUAAUAAAGCAGCAAUACGAAAGAGUAGAAAACACAGUUCAGUAGUCCUUACUUAAUGUAUAAUUUACCCCAGAAUUUGUUUUCUGAUUAAUUCAAGUUCAGUUAAGUCUAGUUUUCCAUAUUCUUGGUGUCCAAUCAAAUCUUAGUUAGCGAGGUAGUUUAAGGAAAUUCUAUUAUUGCAAAUGUGGAAAUUAUUUUUAAGUGUGGAAGUGUACUAGGUAAAAGUCAAAGUUGGGAAGCGUGGAAAUGAGAUCAUCAAAAUAAAUUGCUUUAGGCGUUUAAAGUUGAUAACGGAUAACAUUUUCUUGUCGGAUAUGGGGUACAUAACCGUACGUGCUUCUACCGACGCUAAAAUUUGCAUUUCACAGUGUACCAGUUACUGUUUGCAAGAGAUUUCUCAAGAAUCAUCAGCUUGUUGUAAGCAGUUUUCAUUAUGCUUAGUUCUUCUUUCUUCUUUUUCUUUCCUUGUAUCUUAUUUCACUUGUUGAUUGUUCAACAGAUUGAUCGCAGUGUUUUAGUCGCGUAUAACACUUGAAGGACACAAAUCGAAGUCUAUUUCCAGUGGCAAAUUUUUUAAACCUCAGAUAUUUGUAAGAAACGACUACCAGAACUUCAACUUCUUUCGUAUUUAUUUUGUACCUUUGUAUAUUUAUAUUCUACCAUAGUAAAUUUUUAACUAUCCAGGCAAAUAAAUACUGAUUGUAACAAAACAUGGAUUUCUUUGUCCAAAAGCAUGUCUGUGGCCUUCCAACGUACUUUGCUAAUUAAAGAAAUUAUGCAUUUCAUUGCGAAUGAA